CCGAGAAAGUUGAAGUUUGUCCCUCCUCUUUCAUUCCAUUGUGAUGUCGCAACAUCCGUCUCUUUCUAAAAAUGGUGAACCAACGUUUACAAUAGCUGAAGCAGAACCUAAAAUUGUAAAAUGUCAACGGGAAACAACAUCGAAAGCGAAUUCCGCCGUCUGAACGAGAAGAAUGAAUGGUCGGCACUUUUUCAGAAAAUCCGCUCCGAAAGCGCCAAGAACACCUGCGGAUUCCUCGAAGCCGUCAAGCCGCAGAACAAAAACCUCAACAGAUACAGAGAUGUGAGCCCCUUCGACCACAGCCGGAUCGUGUUAACGCGGGGACGGGUGGACUACAUCAACGCCAACCUGAUAAAAGUGGAAAAGGCAAAUCGGAAGUACAUCCUCACGCAGGGCCCCCUCAUCAACACCGUGAGCCACUUCUGGGCCAUGGUGUGGGAGCAGCAGAGCAAAGCCGUGCUGAUGCUGAACAAACUCGUCGAGAAGAAACAGGAGAAGUGUUUCCAGUACUGGCCGUCGAAGCUGGGGGACGACUACCUCAUGACGUUCGACGACGUGGGGCUGUCGCUGCAAUACAUCAAGCAGGAAGACCACUCGUAUUAUUUACAAAGAGUAUUGAGGCUGACGGACAUGAAGACGAGGGAGUCCCGGGAUAUUUUACAAUUUCAUUACACAACGUGGCCCGAUUUCGGAGUGCCAAGCUCGCCGACGGCGUUUUUAGAGUUCCUGAGGAAGGUUAGGGAUGCUGGAGUGCUGGAGGCGGACGUGGGGCCCGCGGUGGUGCACUGCUCAGCUGGGAUUGGCAGAUCGGGGACUUUUUGCCUGGUUGAUUCGUGUUUAGUUCUUAUUGAAAAAUUUGGCAUCAACUCCAUAGACGUAAAAGAAAUUUUAUACGAAAUGCGACGUUAUCGAAUGGGUCUUAUCCAAACGCCCGAGCAACUAAGAUUUUCAUACCAAGCAAUCAUCGAAGGUGCACAACAACAACUCAGUCCAAAUUCCAGUCCAGUGGAAAAUCACGUAAUUUCACCUCCCGAUCCGAUUAUUAAUGAAGUAGGAGAUGACGAUGUCGCAUCUGAUUCAGAUGACGAUGGACCUCCUCCUCUCCCUCCGCCUAGGUUAGACAGUCUAAAGAAACCAAAUGGCACACCUGUAGAUAGGCCACUUCCGAAUAUUCCGAAUAGUGUGUCGUGUAAUGAUUUUCAUUAUGAAGGCGACGGCGAUGAAUACAUUCCAACUGGUCCACUGCCCGUAGUGCCCGGAGAUGAAGAAGACGAAGACGAAGAUGAAGGAACCAGCGAUGAAGAACUGGACGAUUCGAUAAGUCCGCCUUCCGAACUGCUGAGUUCCGACAGCAUAACACCGUCAGAGUUAAGGCAUCGUAAACGGAUGGAAAACAGAGAAAAGCUGGAAGCCCAAGUGCGAGACAUGAAACGAAGGCAACAAGCCAACGAGCAAUGGACACAAUUGAAGAGGUCUCUAUACAAACCUUUAUUUAUAGCGGGCACUGUUAUUUUGGGAGGGGGCCUCAUUGCCUAUCUUUACUUUAAAGAUUAAACAAAAAGAAUAAGACGUGUGUGUUAAGCCGGUGAGAGAUGUUUGAAUAGUUACUGAUCACGUACCCAAUUAAACGUUAUAGUUUUUAAAUUUUAUGUAUAUUAUUCACAAAUGUUUUUGGUAGCACUGAUAAACUUUAUUUAAAACUUGUAAUGAGAGACGAAAUUCUUUGGAGAUAUAUCGUAAAAGUUUCAAUUACAUAUCAAAAUAUUGUCUAUUUUUAUGUUUUAAGUAUGUAUCGAUUUUUGUAUUUAUUUACCAGUGAAUAUUUCAGCCACUCAUGUUGUUGGAAGUAAAUAUUUUUAAUGUUACCACAUCAUGAUGUGAUUUCCUUCCUAGCUUUUUUCUGUAGUCAUUACAUCACAUUCUUGGCUUCAGUUACUAAUUUAUUAACAUUCAGUGAAAACAUUAAAAAUCAUUUAGCAACAACACCGAAACGAUUUAUGCCAAAGUUGUGUUUUUUCCAUGAAUCGUUUCUGAUUCAUCGUCCCCCAUUCCUCAGUUUAAACGCAUUUCAUUUCAUUGUGUAAGUAGGUAUAUGAUGUAAGAAUGUAGGAAAAUUAUACAUGUAGUGGAACGAGUGGGUAAGACAAAGACUGAAGAUCGCCACCAGUUUUCUGUUUUAAAAUCGUAAAAAAACCCACGGUGGUGGUCCUAACAAGCUGAGUUGGCUUCGAAUGUCGAGUGAUGGUUAACACAAGUUUUUGUUUGGUCUAGCGUAGCGCGCAAAACUUUUGUAUGCCAUCAUGUAGGUACGGCUCUUCGUUUUAAUCAAAUUACAGGGUGCUUGAAAAACCGAAAUGCACGAGGCAUUUUUUUAGAUAUUUAUAAAGAUUUUUCUAUCUCCAGAAAAGAACAAAAUUUUCUACGGAUUUUGUACCUUAUUUACAUUCCUUUUAAGUGCCUACAACGCUGUUAAAACUACGUCGACAAUAUGAUUGUGUUGUUAAUUAUGAUUUACUAGAAUGUGACAAUCGGUUUCAAGUUUGUUUAUAUCUGGACCGCCGAUUAUUUGUGAUUAAUUAAUAUUUUCUCAAGAAUUUUUAUGGAUAUUCAAUAAACAUUAAAAAAUUUAAA